AGCGAGUAUAAAUAGUGACUCCAAGAUUAUUCAUCACUCCCCAUGCAUCCAACUCCAAGUUACAGUACUGAUCAUACAUACAUAACACACACCUUCAAAACCAUGAACACCCUCUUCCAAACCCUUCCAUUUUUGCCUACAAACCCUAAUUCAUUUGACCUACACUUCCCAUCACUUCCAACACAACAUGUUGAACAAAACCCUUCACAUGAAACCAAUAUUUUCACACAACACAAUCACCCUCAUGUUCUUGAAGGCAUUGCAGCAGUUGUCGGAGAACAUGUGUUGUUCGGAAAAUCCGUAACAACAACAACAACAGCUACCACUGAAGCAGCUGAUCAGCCUGUGGAUGUCAAGAAAGAACCGGUGAAGAGUUAUAGAGGGGUGAGAAAGAGGCCGUGGGGGAGGUGGUCGGCGGAGAUACGCGAUAGGAUAGGGCGGUGCAGGCACUGGCUAGGGACGUUUGAUACUGCGGAGGAAGCCGCGCGUGCGUACGACGCUGCGGCUAGGCGAUUACGAGGGUCAAAAGCCAGGACCAACUUUGAGAUACCAUCAGUGUUCCCAUUGUCUACCACCGCUACAUCGCCAGCAACGUCCUCCUCGUCAUCCAAUGAAGGGAAAAAGAGGAAGUCUGACGCUAGCGGUGGUAGCAAUAAUAACAGUAAUAGUAACAGUAACAGUAAUAAUAACAAGAAGUGUCACGUGGUGACUUCGGUGGGUCAACUAUUUAGUAAUUUUGGUCCGAUGAUGAAGAUGAAUUACCCUAGUACUAUAACUAAUAAUGAUGUAGAAGUUGAUUUGAAUCUUGGUGGUACUUUGAAGAAAAAAAGAGGAAAAACUGUUUGUACGUUAUAUUAAUGCAAUGCAGUUAAGUACGUAUGU